AUGCCUACAGCGGUUCGCUCUGAGAACCUGCCCAUACGAAGCCGGGCAAGUUCACAGCGGACGAGCCGCAACUCCACGCCAUCUGCGAACGGCUCUUCGUCUACUACAGGCCGCAAGAGAAAGAUAGCAACUAACAACCGCCAAGCCAAUAGACGGCGCCAGUCGACUCCUUCCCAGAAUUCCGAUUCUGAUUCCGAUCAAGAAGCUGCUGUUGAGGUUGAGGCUCCCCUUCCGGAAGACUUCAAAAAAGAAUUCGGGAUCCCUCGCGACCAGUACAUUCACGAUGCCAUCCUGAUGGCCAGCAUCCCAGAGUGGUCCACUCCAGCUCCAACGCCCGCAUCUGAGAAUGAAGAGUCACUUGACGAAGACGACGUUGCGCCUCCUCCAUUCAUCUUCUCUGCGUACGCUGGGGGUGUGACGCCAGCCAGGCCUAAGCCCAAGCCCAGGCCCCAACCCAGGUCCCAGCGCAGGCCCAUUCUCAAGCUCAAGCCCAAGUUCAAGAAGGCAAGCUUGAUGGGUAUGCCCACGGAGGUCAGAGAGGGCAUUUACCGCCACAUUCUCGUCUCACACAAGCCCAUUCCCGUCUACGACGGCUGGAAGCGUGUUUACGAGCGCGAGAGACCAGGACUCGACACUUGCAUCCUCCGGGUGAACCGAAGAAUCAACCUAGAGGCGACGGGCGUCCUCUACAGAGAGAACACUUUCCUGUACCGCCUUCGUGAUGCCCCUGGGCCAUCUCACCAGAUGGUAGGAGCUCAGCAGCUGGCUGCAGUAGACGACUACCACCCAGGAAGGGCUUCGAAAACCAGAAAGCAUGAGGAAUGCACCAUCAACGUCGACAAGUUUGGGGAAGACUUCCGGUACUUGACUAUCCAGGCCGAUCACAAUCGCCACUCAGCCCAAACUCAAGAGUUCAUGAUCGAGGCGAUUAAGACAUUCGCCAAAUUCCCCAGCAAGAUGAACGUCCACACCCUGCAGAUUGUCAUCAGCCCUCGCUAUGAGAACGGUACCUUCACCUUUGUCAACUUCUUCCAGCAAGGCUCGACCCUUGUCGAGGCUCUCAAAGGCAUUGCUUGUGAGAAGAUCGUUAUCAAGGUCUGGAAUAAGUUUCUCAACGAGGGAGAGGGCCCAGUCAGGAGCGAGAUCUCGUUGCCCCUUCAGUACCUUCGAUUCGCCAAGCACCGAAAGCUGCAGCAGCUCAGCCGCCAAAGCGGCGGCCGAGAGCCCCUCGAUCUGUUCAGAGGUGACCGCCGGAUGCAUGAUUUUCGCAUGGCGGGUAUCAGGUGGUGCAAUCGGCAGCUGGCCGAGCUCGAGUACAAGGUUUUGCAGGCCUGCAGAAAGCACGUCCAAGAGCCUAUCGCCCAGACGAACGGCCAGAACGCGAAUGGUGCAGCGGAUGACGACCUCGGGCUUGACGACGAAGAGGCUUUCGAUUGGGUGGUGGAAGACGAGACGGACGGGAACUCUGAAGAUGAGGGGGACGAAGACUCUGACUUUGAGCCGAACUGA